AUGGAAGCUCAGGAAGACAAUACAGUGUUCGGCCUGGGUGGCCUGGUGCUCUGCAGUGCCGGACUUCUCUACCUGGCCUGCUGUGCGGCUCUUGGCCAGCCUGCCAGAGGCCGCAGCCCUCCUCCCGCUGGGCCAGCAUGGGCCACCACCUUCCUGGCGGUACCGUUGGCCCGUGUGCCGUGGGCAGCCACACAGCACUGUGUGGUGCACCACACAAAGGAGGCGGCCGCACGGCCCAGCAGCCAGGGUGACAUGUGGGCACAUUCUGCCGUGGGCACAGGCAGCCUGGGCGCCGAGGAGCGGCUAGCCCUGACACGCGAGCAGGCACAGCACGGUGACCUGCUGCUCCCCCGGCUGCACCACGUGUGUGAGAACCUCAUGGCCAAGGUACCGGCCACACUGGUCUGGCUGGGGCAUGUGGCCUUUGCAUUCAUGCUAAAGGCGGAUGCCGACGCAUUUGCGGGGCAGGGCGAGCUGCUGGCAGAGCUGUGCACACGUGACCCCAGGGACGGUCACCAUCUCAACUGGGGCUUCCUUUUAGGCCGCGGCAGUGCCAAGCCUCAGGGCCACUGGCACAAAGCCAUCUGACAGCUCUGUGACUACUACCUGCCGUACACGCCGAGCAGCGGCUCUGCGCUCUCAGCAGACCUGGUGCACUACCUGUGCCGCAUUGAGCACUUGCACACGUGGCACAGCGAGGAGGUGUCCCUGGGCACCUGGCCGGCAUCAAUGGGUGUCCGGCACGAGUACGACCCCUGCUUCCACACCGAGUCUAAGUCCAGCGGCUGUAGCGACCUGUACCCAGUGACACGCAAGCUGAACCUGGAGGACAUGCUGAAAAAGCGCAAGGCCCUGAUGGGAGAGGACCACCUGUGCAAGCAGGACACGCAGCUGCGCCUUUCCUACGUCUUCGACUGGCGGGCGCCUCCCCCACAAUGCUGUCAGAGGAAGGAGGGCCUCCCCUGAGCUGCAGCCUAGCUGACCUGCCACAGUCACAACAGCACUGUUGGGAGCCAGGACAGAUGCUUUGGGAGGUGGCCGGCACAGCCAGUCAUUCAGGGGCCGGUGGGGCAGAUGAUGAGUGGCCUCCCACUGGCCUCGCAUGGACAAAGCUGGCAGGUUCUGGCUAGUGGUUCAAAAUGAGUCCAGCGCCCAGGAGACCUGGUUUAUUCAGCGCCAAAUGGGGUUUUCAGGCAGAAGCCAAGCAGCAGUGGGCAGCUCCUGGAUCCCAACUCUGGUAGGCACCCUGGGCUGUACACCCCAGUGGCCACCAUGGGGCCUCACUCAAAGAGCAUCUUGUUCGGGGUCUGGGAGACCCAUGGUACUUGCCAGGACAACACAUGAUGUCCAGGUACAAAUGCUUGUCACUGGAUUUCAGGCAGUGUUGGCCUAGACUGGGAAGAUGUCCGGUUUGGGGUGUGAUGGCAGACAGCAGGGGCUUGCAGCCCCACCUCAGCCUGUCCGCUUGCUGUUCUCUCCCAAGGUAGGGGCAAGCAGCCAGAGGCUGGAGCUGACAGGCGCUUGCAGACCCUGACCCCAAAGAAAGAAUCUGGACUUGUUCAGGGGUGGGGACUGUGUCAUUUCCUACAUCCUGCGUUGACCAUCCACCUAGGAAAUCCCUGCACCAAGAGCUGUGGCUGUAGGGAAAUGACCCUUGGACCCUUACAUGUUGCAACUUAGCUCUGUGUUGCACUCCAAUGGCGUUUAUCAAAAUUGCUAUAGAUUUCCUGCGUUAGGUUACCUUCUUUAAUAUGUCACGUUGGUAUCUUUUGUCAUGUGUAAGUUUAAAAUUUAACUUUGUGUUAUGUUACUUAGCUUCAAUGGUAUUUUGCUCUGUGUUGCUCUAGAGUGAAUUUGUGACAAAUGUAAUUCAGGGCUAGCCUGUGACUUAUUUAUAAAUAACGUAAAUUUGUGUA